GAAGAUUUUCCCUUUGCCUCGUCCUCUACCUUCUCGCUCCCCGCAAAAGCUCUGCUAUCGCACACGAAAUCCAUAGACCCCGCAACCACCCCGAUGGCCCUCGCCCCGCUUUCUUUGCACGCGCUGCAUCGCGGCAUGGAUCCGCCGUUGGAGGAGGCCUCCCGUGGAAUUUCGCGGCUUGUGAAGCAGAUGGCAUCGUUCCGCGUCAACAUGAAGAGAUUGAUUCUGCACGGCGAUGUCGACACCAAGCUGGAGGACAUCAAGAUCUACAUGCCUCAGAUCUUCUCCCUCCUGUGUUGCCCACAGCUCUAUGGGGACAAGCGGAGGUCUCUUCUGGCCGAGCUCAGGGAAGCCUUCUACGACUUGGAGGAUUUGGUCGACGAAAUGGAGUUCUACAAGAUUGAAGUCAAAGUGGUUGAAGCGGGGUCAAAGGUCAGUAUUUGCAAUCCACUGACUCCUGCUAUCAAGGUGGGCAAGCGCCUGGUUAGCAGCAUCCUCCAUGAGGAAUCGCAGUUCCUCAAGUGCCUUGAUUUCAUCACAAGUGAGUUGCCCAAUCUCGUCGCCUUGCUGGAGAAAGCCAAAGGAACCCCAUCCUGUUGGCCUCUUGGUGUCCCAGAUUUUGGUGCUCCCAACGCCGGCUCCUUGCUUCUUGAGGAUCAACAGAAGGUGUUUGGGCGCGACAAGGAGCUGAAUGAAAUUGUGCAACUGCUCACUCAGACGCCAUCCCACUGGGACCAGCCCUCUGUUCUUGCCAUCGUUGGCACGGGGGGCUUGGGGAAGACCACGCUCGCUCGGUUAGUUUACAACGAUGCAAGAGUUGAGCACCACUUUGAUCUCAGAUCUUGGGUUGCCUCUGCGAGUCUCGACAAGGUGAAACUUGCUGAAGAAAUCUUGUCUUCAGCCAAUCCGUCCUACUUUGCUCCCUCUGAAAAUAAGGUCAAGUUUGAAGCGGUUCAGCUGCAACUCAAGGAAUUCCUGACGGGAAAGAGGUUCCUGCUUGUACUCGACGAUCUCUGGGUCGAGUCCUUCACCGACUCGUGUUUUCAGGAAAUCCUUUGUCCACUGAGAUCUGCAGGGAGGGGGAGCAGUAUUUUAGUGACCACUCGAACAAAGACGGUGGCUGAAAAGCUCGCUGCAUCUCAGGUGUACCACUUGAGUGCACUGGGCACCGAGGACUGUUGGUCCUUGAUCAAGGAAUCAGCUCUGGGCAGUGCUAGCACACAUGAUCUAACUGAUGCGCUGGAACAGAUCGGGAGGGACAUUGCUGCCCGGCUCGAUGGCCUUCCUCUCGCUGCCAAGGUGCUGGCAGGACUGCUUAAAGGUACAAAGAGCACAAAAGACUGGAACCGAAUCUUGGAUACUGAAUUUCGUGGAGAUGUCAUUUCCUCACUGCAGUUAAGCUACAACUCUCUCGGGAGAACUCAAACAGUGCUUUGCAUUUUGCAGCAUAUUUCCCAAGCCCUGUAAGUUUGAGAAAGAUCUCUUGAUCAAAAUGUGGAUGGCCCAUGAUUUUAUUCAACCCAAAAGCAGCUCGGGUAAAAGGAGGGAGGAUCUAGGUGCAGAAUAUUUCAAUGUUCUCUUAUCACGCUCAUUCUUUCAGGCAGUCAAGAAAGGCUCCAAGACACAAUGCAGUAUGCACGACCUAAUACAUGAUCUCGCAGUCUCUGUAGCUGCCGAUGUUCAUGGCACAGUCCGCCGUGUGUCCACCACAGAUAUACACCUCAAGAAAUUCGGCAACCAUGCAAAGUUGCGCUCCUUCGUACUUCAGGGGCCCUUAUCACCCUCCACAAGUUGCUUGCAAAAUGAAAUUGGGAACGCGAGUAGCUUGCGUGUCCUUGAUCUUAGUUGCUUUGACCUGACAGAAUUGCCCAAGACAAUUGGUAACUUGAAGCAUCUCCGAUACCUAAGUCUUUCGGGCACACUCCAGAGGCUUCCUGAGUCGAUCUGCAUGCUGCGUCGUCUCGAAUCGUUGCAUGUUGUUGGCAAAUGUUCCCUUGAUAAGCUUCCUGAUGGAACAAGUAUGCUUGUUAACUUGCGGCACCUUAAUAUUGCUACGAGAUACCUGGCAGAGGUGUCAAGCAUUGGACAGCUUGUUAACCUUCAGGGAUCACUUGAAUUCCAUGUUAAAAAGCUGAAAGGGCACAACUUAGGAGAACUGGGAAGCAUAAAUAGCCUCCAUGGACAGCUAAAAAUUAAAGGCCUUAACAAUGUUGCACGCAAGGAAGAUGCUUGCAAGGCGAGUUUGAGUAACAAAUGCAAUCUCAGAGUGCUUUCUUUGGAAUGGGCAUCCGCAAGUAGAACUCUCGGUUUGUGUGCAGAUUCUGAAAUACUGGAAAACUUGCAGCCGCACUCAAGUAUAAAAGAAAUCAUUAUCAAUAGGUAUCUUGGUGCCAAAUCCCCCAGUUGGCUAGAAUUGCCAUUGCUGAAGGAACUACAAUCCUUGCACCUUACUAACUGCAGGAGUUUGGACCUCCUGCCUCCAUUGGGAUUGCUUCCAUCACUCAAAUUAUUACACAUGAAGGAACUAUGUACAGUUAGUCGAAUCGGAUAUGAGUUCUAUGGUACCAAUGAGGUUGCUUUUCCAGCUCUAAGGGUUCUUGUACUUGAUGAUUUUCCCAGCUUGCUUGAGUGGUCUGAGGAACUGAGAAGUAAAUCCUUCCCUUGUCUCAAAAAACUAAAGGUGGUACACUGUCCAAACUUAUCUGAACUCCCAAUGUUUCCAUGCUCUGUCACUGAACUUACAAUGGAAAACACAAGAUUAAUACCGUACUUGAGGCUUGGCCCAUUUUCUUCAUCAAAAUUAGAGAGUCUUACACUUGAUAUCCGCACAAAUAAUUUACUUGGAAUGGAACUGUUCCAUCAACAUCAUCUGGAAUCUGUUGUUGUUCUAAACAUGGAAGCUAGCAAGCAGUUCCUAAUGGCAGAGGGGAUGCGCUUCUUUACUUCUCUCCAAAGACUUCAGCUCAACCACUCUGAUUUAACAGAUCAAAAUUUGAGCAGCCUCAUUCAGGCUCUGCCUUCAUUGCCCUCAUUGGAGCUGAUGAAUCUGCCCAACAUAGUAUCUCUUUUGGUGCCAGCGGAAACUAAUUUAUGCACAACACUCACGGAAUUGAAAAUAUGCAGCUGUCCACUGCUUUCUUCUCUUGCCUCCUUGGAUUCUUUCAUUUCGUUGAAGUGCCUGGUGAUUGAGAAAUGCCCCAAGAUAACAGCAGCAUCCUUUCCAAAAAGCUUUUCAACCCUCAGAUCCCUUAAGCUUCUGAGCGUAUCAUACUGCACAGAGUUGCAAUCUUUACCUUCUGGAGGGCUACCAACCUCAUUAGAAGCACUUCAUCUAUUUGGGUGCCAUCCAAAGUUGACUGAGGUGUAUCAGAACAACCAAUAUUUCUUUGGAGCAUCUUUGUACUGUACCUAAAAUUGCAGGUUGUACCACAAGUGCGCAGGUCGAUAUCAAAUACAGUAUGAUGGCUAUCCUGGCAAAUUGGAUAAUUGAAAUGCACCAGAAGUAUCUGACGCUCAGACACCGCACAAACUUCUGAGACAUGGAGCUAAUGUUAGAUCUCAUGUAUCUCUUGAUAAACCAUGUAUCCGUAUAAGCUUGGACACACGAUGACCUUUAUUGUCAUGGUUUCAGUAAAUGGACGAAGAUUCUGUCAGAAACAAACUAUUUCUUUCUGCAAAAGUGAACAAUUUCUUUCCGGUCAGUAAGCUCUGAUUGCUUUACUGUCCGGCCAUUCAGCUGUAAAAAAGUUCUACGCAGUUUCCAUAGA